AUGAAGAUUAUCGCCGCAGUUCGGGAACCUUUCUCUAGGUUCGUGUCUGCCUUUCAGUAUUUCGGCGAAUAUCAUCAGACGGUUAGGUCUAGAGCCCACAUCUCUGGAAACUCUGUGGCACUUAUGAGAGAAUUCUUGAAGAAUCCUGAGUAUUAUGAACCACACGACUUCAAGCAAGGCUCAUUGGCAUAUAAUCGUAUGGCCUUUGACCUGGGAUUACCUAAAGCCCAGUAUUCCAACAGUACAUUCGUGGAUCAGUAUAUUCGGCAGUUGGACGAGGAUAUGUCACUAGUACUCAUCGCUGAAUACUUUGAUCAGUCUUUGGUACUUCUCAAACGAAUCAUGUGCUGGUCGACUAAAGAUAUUUUGUACCAAGUUCGUCAUAAAGGACGUGGAAAACCUGAAAUUCCAGAGGAUCUUAAAAUUACACAUAGACAGCUGGCUCCUGCAGAAUACCAUAUCUACGAGUACUUCCGAACAAAGUUUAUCACCAUAUAUUCAAAAGAGGUGGAUAUUGAUGAAGAAGUGGAAGUGUAUAAAGAAACACACAACAAAGUCAACAAAUUCUGCUCGUCACGAAGUAAACGUUUAGUUGUACAGCCUACUAAGUUUGAUAACGGCUUCACGUUUACACAAAGGGACUGUUAUUUCAUGAGGUUGGAGGAAACGUCCUUUGUAAAAUAUCUCAGUAAAUUGCAGGAACCUUAA